ACAUCUCAACAAGAGAUGGGAAGAGGGAAGAUAGAAAUAAAGAGGAUAGAGAACACAACAAAUCGGCAAGUGACGUUCUGCAAGAGAAGGAAUGGGCUUCUGAAGAAGGCUUAUGAGCUGUCUGUGCUCUGUGAUGCUGAAGUUGCCCUAAUCGUCUUCUCCAGCCGUGGCCGCCUUUACGAGUAUUCUAACAACAACAUAAGGUCAACUAUAGAGAGGUACAAAAAGGCUUGUUCAGAUAAUUCAGGUGCAAGCUCUAUUACUGAAAUUAAUGCUCAGUAUUAUCAGCAAGAAUCGGCGAAGCUGCGUCAGCAAAUUCAGAUGCUUCAAAAUUCAAACAGGCACUUGAUGGGUGAUGCGUUGAGCACACUGACUGUGAAGGAACUGAAGCAGCUGGAAAAUAGACUCGAAAGAGGAAUCUCUCGAAUCAGAUCCAAGAAGCAUGAGAUGCUCUUGGCAGAAAUCGAGUACCGCCAAAAAAGGGAGAUUGAGCUGGAAAAUGAAAAUCUCUGCCUUCGGACUAAGAUCGCUGAAAUGGAGAGGUUGGAGCAGCAAGCGAACAUGGUGUCAGGAGAGGAGCAGAUGAGUGCGAUGCAGCAAGCUUUGGCUUCUCGCAAUUUCUUCAAUCCCACAAACAUCAUGGAACUUUCUGCCACUCCUUACCCUCACUCUGACAAGAAGAUGCUUCACCUUGGGUAA